CCUCUUUUAACAUUUUGAAUAAGCAGAAGGAGAUUUUUCCAAAUUAUCAAAUCAAGCUGCCCAUAAUCUCAGGAACUCCAAAAAAAUUCUCAUUCUCUCUCGCGGUGCGUGUUGUUUUGAAAGUUGUAAAACGAGUUAAGCUCACCUCUCAUGAUGAUAAGACGUGGAAUUAAGACGGCAGAUCGCGUUCUUCGCUUAACGAAGCAAGUCGCUACUCUUCAGUCUCGCCGUAAUUUUCACGUAACCAUGGCAACUGCAAAAGAUGUGGGUUAUCGCACGGAAGCCGACACCUUCGGGGAGCUCAAAGUACCAAAUGACAAGUAUUACGGAGCACAAACGGUCCGUUCGACGAUCAAUUUUCCCAUUGGAGGUCCGACGGAACGCAUGCCACGACCUGUCGUCGAAGCUUUUGGCAUUUUGAAGAAAGCUGCUGCGAUUGUUAACAAGGAUUAUGGCUUAGAUCCCAAAAUUUCCGAUGCAAUUAGCAAGGCAGCUGACGACGUUAUCUCGGGAAAAUUGUAUGAAGAGCAUUUCCCGUUGGUUAUUUGGCAAACAGGUUCUGGCACGCAAUCUAACAUGAACGUCAACGAGGUCAUCAGUAAUCGUGCGAUUGAAUUGCUCGGUGGAAAACUCGGAUCAAAGGAUCCCGUUCACCCCAAUGAUCACGUGAAUAAGAGUCAAAGUUCAAACGAUACCUUCCCCACUGCCAUGCAUAUCGCCGUCGCUCGUGAAUUAACGGGACAUUUGAAGCCAGCGUUGAAGGAAUUGCAUGACGCCCUACAAGCAAAGUCGAACGAGUUCAAGGACAUCAUCAAAAUCGGUCGAACUCACACCCAAGAUGCCGUUCCAUUGACCCUGGGUCAAGAAUUUUCGGGAUAUGUGCAACAAGUUGCCUUUGCUCUUGAACGUAUCGACGCUUGUUUGCCGCGCGUUUAUUAUUUGGCCCUAGGAGGCACCGCUGUCGGCACUGGCUUGAACACUCGUAUCGGUUUCGCCGAAAAAUGCGCCGACGAAAUUUCCAAACUCACGGGAUUGCCUUUCAAGACGGCGCCCAACAAAUUUGAAGCUUUGGCUGCAAAAGACGCCAUGGUUGAAGCGUCGGGCGUUUUGAACACGAUCGCUUGCAGUUUAAUGAAAAUCGCCAAUGACAUUCGUUUCCUCGGAUCGGGACCACGUUGUGGCUUGGGAGAACUUUCCUUGCCCGAAAAUGAGCCAGGCAGCUCCAUUAUGCCCGGAAAAGUCAAUCCGACGCAAUGCGAAGCUCUUACGAUGGUUUGCGCUCAAGUUAUGGGCAACAACGUUGCUGUUUCAGUCGGCGGAUCAAACGGACACUUUGAAUUGAACGUUUUUAAGCCAUUGAUUGUGUCGAAUGUUUUGCGGUCGAUUCGUUUGUUGACCGACAGCAGCAAGGCAUUCACCAAAAAUUGCGUCGUUGGUAUCCAAGCGAACGAAGAAAAUAUUAAGAAGAUCAUGAAUGAGAGUUUGAUGUUGGUGACGGCACUUAAUCCGCACAUUGGGUAUGAUAAAGCCGCGAAAAUUGCGAAAACGGCUCAUAAAGAGGGAACAACGUUGAAGGAAUCUGCUUUGAAAUUGGGAUAUUUGACCGAACAACAAUUCAACGAAUGGGUCAAGCCCGAAAAUAUGUUGGGACCCAAGUAAAAAACUGAAGUUUUGUUGGAAUUUUUCAUUUGAUAUGCUUUAAAUUAAAUUAAAUUAUUUUUUCGAGUCAAAAAACAAAUAAAUUAUAGAUUUUGAAAAUGUGACAAAAGUGUGUUAAUUUUUUUUUUAUUAGCAACUGUUGUCUUCCAAUCAUUGUUGUUACGAAGCAAAGUCUGCUGUGUUCGUCAUUAACAGGGAUGGAAAAAAAUAUUUCAAAAAAUUUUUAAAAUUUAAUUUAAAAAAAAAAUAUUUAAAAAUUAAAUUAAAAAAAUAUUAUUUAAAAAAUAAAAAAUAAACUUGUAUUAAUUUUUAAAAAUAAAUAUUUUAAAUAAAUAUUUUUAAAAAAAUUGAAAAAAUAUUUAAGUAAAAAAAUAAAUUAAAUUAAAUACUUAAUUAAAAAA